GAACAACGCAUUCGACAACAAACAAGUGACAUGGAAGACGGAACAUGGGUGCUGAAAAGAAUUAGUAUAACUUAAACAAUACACAAAAGAACGCAAAGACGCUGGAAUGGUGAAUUGUACUCAAUUCAGAAACUUUGCCGAUGCUUCACUGCAUCGGACAAGAUUUUGUCUGCUUCAAUUCUACCUCUUGAUACUGUGCUUCGCGAACUAUUCUCCCUCCGUAGACGCGUUUGUCUUCGCACCAACCUCGAAGUCUCCCGGCGCCGUUAUCUUCGCAAGUCUUAACCAUAAUCACAAUCAGGCAAUUGCAUCAUCAUCAUCGACUACUAUCAGUGUCGGAACAUCCGUUAUUGGCGAUGAUGGCACCCUUCCAUCGUCGUCAUCUCCCUCUCCAACUUUCUCGACAGCGGCCGAGUGGCAUCGCGACAGGAGAAAGGCUAUGAUCGAGAAGUAUGGCGACCAAAUUUUACCUUUGGAGCGUAGCACAUCUUCUCAAAACAUUGGCUUGCCCUUGCUUGCAAUCACAAACCUAUCCCUGUUGAGUCUGAGUUUGUUUUCGGGUGUUAAUGACUUGGAAGUAUUUGAAAUUUUUGGUUUAGCCUUGUUUCCAGGGUCAAUGUUUUCUCUCUGGCAACUUCAAAUUUUGCACGACUGCUUGCACGGAUCAUUGUUCGACAAGAAUAAGCAACAGCUGGAAUCUAGCGAUGCAACCGUGCAGGGAAGCAGUAACAACGGACGAAGCCGUAAACAAUUACAAAACGAUGUAUUGUUUUGGGGAUCGAUGCCUUCGAUUUUUGGAUAUUUCUUGUAUCUGAAGUACGGACACCUGACACACCAUUCCAAUGUUGGCGACCCUGAUCGUGCAAGUUUGGAGAAACUAUUCGAUUCCAGUCAAUCGAAUUUCGAAGACGGGGAUGUCUUGUUUGUUGCUCAUCGCAUGAAGUUAAAAGGGGGAAUCGGGCCGACAUUCGAGUUACCUUUCUUCCGGGAAGUCCCUUUUCUCCCAGAGAAAAUCACGAUGAGCAUAAGCAAAGGUGGAUUUGACCAAUGGAAGAUUGAUUCUAUGGAAUCAGGGAAUCUCCCCUGGAAUGUAGCUGUUUUUGCUUCGUCCUUUCUUUUCGAACGAUUUAUGCUCCUCAUCAAUGAUUUCGUGGUAGCCAUUGCAGGACGAAAUUUUUUCUUCCCUAACAAACCAGAUUCUUUUCAUCGAGAAUGUACUGAAUAUGCGAGGGCAGCUUCCUUAGUGCGAGCAACCCUGUUGUUGAUUGGUGGGUGGAAGACCUUGCUCUUCCUGUAUUUAUCAGAAACAUUGUGGUCAAUCCCACCCCACCCUGCAUCGGCCAUGUUUGUAUCGAAUCAUCCAUCUGCUGUGGACGAAAAUACUGGUGAUUGCGUCCCUUCCAUGUCGACAUACGCCGGAUUGUGGUAUUCGUUAUUCACGUUGGGGACAAAUUACCAUUGCGAACACCACGACUUUCCAACCAUACCCUUUCACAAACUCCACGAGUUGCGACGGAUUGCACCGGAAUUUUACCGAACUGGAACCGAAGACGAUCUUUUGGAUGUGAUGAAAAAGUCAUUCACUGAACCGGACUACUAUGCCUGUAUGGACGUUCAUAAACUUAACACCGAGUCGGCUUGAAAAACGAAGUAACUAAAUUGGGAUGCUCACUUCAUUGGGCUGUAUUGCAACGACGCUAGUAGAUAUCAAGAUGUACUGUACUCAUUUACUGCCAAAAGGAAGAGAAGUUUUUCGAUGUAACAUGGUGAGAUGUACUUUCUCCUUUCAUAGAUUGAAUCUGAAGCCAAGUUUAGAUGUUUCGACGAUACUUCUUGCGACAUGGUAGUUUUUCUUUCAAGGUAGACUUCUUCCUAGAUUUCCGUGCAUCAAGACCUUUCCAAGGAUUCUCUGCCUUCCUUCUUGUUGGAACAUGGUACGCAGCACUACUAGGAGUAGUACUAGUACUAGUAGUGCUAUGAAUCACCAGCAGGGACUGCUGUGGUCCUGGUGGGGGAGUAAUUAAUAAAUUGGAACUCUCGCC